AGCAGCAAACUACUUUGACGCCAAAGGAAAGACGAUAAUGGCCAUUUCGUAGAGAAGACAAAGAUCGAAGUGAGAAAGAGUAGAGGUGGUGCGGCGUAUAGACGAGAGGAAAAGUGUGUCUCUUUUUUUUCUGAAAGAGCUGUGAGUUGUGUAUCGAUGUUUAUUGCCUCUGUUGUUCGUGUUCGUACCGCUCGAUUGACGAGCUCGCGGUACGUUGGUGGUCCGUUAGUUUCUGUAUACAAAAGGUACAGGUUUCCAUCUAAGAAACGAAUUACGCAUUUUUAAAGUCAUUGUUGAUGUUCUUGUUCCUGCAGUUGGUUUAUAACCCGUUACGUCUCGUCGUCUUAUUGCUUUAAACACGUCAAAAUUUCACCUCUAUUAAAGCAUUCCUGCAAAUGGUGACGAUUUUUUCGUCUUUUCGAAUAAAUACACACAGAGCGCUAAUUUUUGCCCAGCCCCCACAGCUGACUCUCUUCCUUGAUUUCAUCAGCUUCAUUACCUCGUCGAUCUUUUAAACUUCGACAUUCACAUAUUACAAUCAUUCGGAUACCUGCGCCUACCGCAUUCAAGGUACACAUUGGAAGUGGAUUUGAAUUUUCAUUAAAAUGUCUACUACAUAAUGAAAAUUUUAUUAUAUAAUAACAAAUGCAGAAUUCAAGUACAUUCACUGAAGAAAACUUCAAGGAUUUCCUUCUUUUUAUGAUAAAAGAAAAUUCUUCAACCCUAGAAAUAGUGAAAUUGCCUAAUACCUAAUAUUAGAUCCAGGCCACUUCCACAGUGAGCGAAUAAAAAAUUGUAUAUUUAUUUUAAAGAAAAAAAAAGGAAAUUUCGCAAGGAUUUAAGAGGCGAAAAAAUAAUUAUUAAUAAAUUUUGACUCAAUGAAAAUGAACAGCCGAAUUAAGGAGACAGAGUCAAAAUGGACCUGUGAAUAUUGUACAUAUGAAAAUUGGCCGUCAUCAUUAAAAUGUACAAUGUGCCGAGGUGCAAAACCAUUGCUCGGCGAGGAUAUUUAUCGUUUAAGAAAUCCAAGUCCACAAAGAUCGGGCUCGAGUGUUGCAUCGGGUCCAGUGCCACAUUCGACCGAUUCAUAUAAUGUGGAUUCACAAAAUUGUAGUCAAAAUGUUCCCUCUGGUGGAAAGUGGUCCUGCGAUAUGUGUACCUAUCUUAAUUAUCAAAAUGCACCACGUUGCGUUCAAUGUGGCAAUCGAAAACCGAAUAAUACACAACAACAACAAUCAGUGCACUCGAUAGCGUCAAAUCUUCAUGAGCAAUUAGCGCCAUUAAGACUCGGUGAUCCACCACCACCACCAUCAUUACCCAAGACUGGAUCAAAUUCAAAACUUAAUCAGCCAGCAAUUAAUUUACAUCCUGAACGCUAUAGUAAUUCAUCGAAUCCAAUUGUCGCUGAGAAAUGGUCAUGUUUUUUUUGUACUUAUGAAAAUUGGCCAAAAUCAACAAAAUGCGUUAUGUGCGGUCAUCAAAAGGAAAAGGAUCGAAGGGAUAAGUCGUCGACAAAUUUAGGUCUUAUUUUACCGAGUCCAGAGAGAGAACACAGCCAAAGAGGUUUACCGUCACCUCCUCACACGCCUUAUGUUCAUCAAGCCCAACGGGAUGAGAAUUUAGCGAUUGCCAGAAGUCGGAGUUCUCAUAGAUUCGAGAGUAGAAACGACAGUCUUCCUACGCCUCAGUCUCCAAAUAAUUGCGAUUAUGAACGCAGACUUAAGCAAUUCAGACGUGCGGAUUGGUGCUGGUUGAAUGCAUGUCUUGGCAUUGUGGAGGGUGACAAUGCACCGGUCGAGGCUUACCUGGCAAGUGGCGGUGAUCCUGCUCGUCAAUUAACGCAUUCCGAGGUUUUGCUCUUAAACAGAAGCAGUGCUUUUGAUGUAGGACACACUCUAGUUCAUUUGGCUAUCAGAUUUCAACGCGAAGAUAUUUUAGCAACAUUAUUGUCGCAAAUCGAGGGAUCUGGUUCAGGAAUCAAGAGAGUACCAAGUUAUGUUGCACCAGAUUUGGCUGCUCAAAUUCGUAGACACGUGAUGAAUAGCAUUCGAUUGCGAAAGGGUUCAAUUCCGUGUUAUUUUGUCACGGACAUGGCUACAUUUUCUCUGCCUUCUGAGGUGGAAGAUUUACCGAGUAUUGUUCAGGAGCAAAUGUUGGAGGAACUUCUGGAUAGGGAAGCACAGCAACAACUUGAAGGAGGCGGAGGUGAACCACCAGCUUUAAAUUGGUCUUUAGAAAUAACCGAAAGGUUGGGGAGUCGUUUGCAUGCAUUAUGGAACAGAUCGGCGGGAGAUUGUUUAUUGGAUUCGGUAAUGCAAGCCACUUGGGGUGUUUUCGAUAGGGAUAAUGCUCUCCGACGAGCGCUCGCUGAUACGCUACAACAAGCUGGACAAUUCUUUUAUCCACGUUGGCGAGAAUACGAGGCAUCACAAGCUUCAAGAAUGUUAGACUUUACGUUAGAAGAAACUCAAUGGCAGGAGGAUUGGGAAAAUUUAUUGGCAACUGCAGCUCAACCUGGAAGCGCUCUAGAGCAAUUACAUGUGUUUACAUUGGCACAUAUUCUAAGGCGGCCGAUAAUUGUCUACGGUGUUAAAUACGUCAAAAGUUUUCGCGGUGAAGAUAUAGGAUAUGCAAGAUUUGAAGGAGUUUAUCUACCAUUAUUGUGGGAGCCAUCGUUUUGCAUAAGAUCUCCAAUUGCUUUGGGUUACACGCGAGGUCACUUUUCGGCUUUGGUACCUAUUGAACCAUAUUCAUCAUCAAGAAUACCGCCUCUAGCUUCACACGCGACUGGAAUCGGUGGUGGAAAUAGUCCAAUUCAACAACUACAAAUACAAAUACAAACAACCUUUAUGCCUCUCAUGGACCGAGAGAGAAAAUUACUUCCAAUACAUUUUCUCAGUCCCGAAGAAAUGGGUCGCGAGGAGAAUAUAUUAAAACAAUGGCUGGAUGUUUGUACCACCGAAGGCGGUAUUUUGGUAGCGCAACAAAAACUUCACAAAAGGCCGCUUCUUGUCGCGCAGAUGCUUGAGGAAUGGCUCAAUCAUUAUCGGAGACUAGCUCAGACGAACAACGCACCAUUUUCGAGAGCAGCUACACUUCAGGAUUAUAGCAGUGACGGGGAUACGGAGGAUGAGUAACAAAAAGCCUCUUCAUGAGAAACAAGAUUUUAGCCAAAGUGUUAAUAAUGAAAAUUUCUUAAUUUUCUGUCAAUCAAUUUUAAUCUAUAAAACAAAAACAAACAAAAAACAGAAAAGAGAUUUAAGGCAGCAAAAAUAUUUUGAUCAAUGAUCAUGACUCGUCUCACUGAUGAUAAUUUUUUUUAUCACAGUAAAAGCACAUAGAGUUUUUUUUCUAAAAAAAAACUUUGACAAAAAAAAUAUUUAAAUAAAGCACGAAUUCCUAUUGAUUCGCGCUUUUGAUUUUUUUUUUUUUUUGUAAAAAUGUCAAACAAUCGAUGAAAAUAGUUUUUAAUUGAAAAAAUUCGGCUCUUUUAGACCCCGUAAAAAAUUAGAUUUUUUUCUAGAAAUCGUAUAGUUGAAAAAUGCUUCUUUUUAUUCGAUUGCAGAAUUUUUUUUUUAUUUCUAAAACUAUAAAAUAUUUUUUUAUUAUUUAAUGCUUUAACUUUAUAUUUUUUUAGCUUUAAGGAGACAUUCUUUCCUAGUUGCUUUAUUACAAUUUAGGAAAUAAUUUCUCUAGUGUACAAAGUAUAAAAAGAAAAAUACAGAUUCUCAUUGGAUUCAGCAUCGACGAGUUCUCGAGAUGAAUAAGAUUUUUAAAAAAUUUUUUUUGUUUUUAUAUACACAUAUAUAUAUUUAUGUUUUGAGAAAAAGAAUUGUAAAAAAAGUUAUGUUAAAAAAAAUCGUAGGAAAAAUGUUGUCAAUUACAGUCUUUUUGUUUGGAGAAAAAAAAUUUUUUUCCACUUAUAAUGUACAUUUUUUUUGUUGAGAAUGAAUAUAAUUUAAAUCUUCUUUAGGUAAAAAGGAAAAGCUUUUUAAAAGUAGUUAUUGUUAUUAAAAAUUCGUUCGAGUAGAAAUCGACGGUAGGACAAAAGUUUAGAAUUAAAAUUUAAAGUGUGUCUUAAACUAACUGUUA